AUGACUCCUUUAGCAAUCAUUUCAUUUCAAGUGGGUUUGAUUUGCAGCUGCCUGAUCGCCAUGUCUCUGAAGAACAGCAAGACAGGCAGUCUCCCUGUCAGUGAAAUCUACAGCUUCAUGAAGGAACACUUUCCCUAUUUCAAGACAGCUCCGGAUGGCUGGAAGAACUCGGUCCGGCACAACCUGUCCCUGAACAAGUGCUUCGAGAAGGUGGAGAACAAGAUGAGCAGCUCAUCACGCAAGGGCUGCCUCUGGGCUCUCAACCCUGCCAAGAUCGACAAGAUGGAGGAGGAGAUGCAGAAGUGGAAACGCAAGGACCUGCCUGCCAUCCGUCGCAGCAUGGCCAACCCAGACGAACUGGACAAGCUAAUCACAGACCGGCCCGAGAUGUGCAGACAGAAGCCAUGUGAUCCAGGGGUGACCCACUCCUCCUCCUCCCAGGGAGGGAUGACUCCCCUGCCCCCCCAGCCCGUGAUGACGCUGUCCCUGCAGUCCCUGCCGCUGCACCACCACCAGCUGCAGACGCACGCCCGCCUGGCGCCCUGCUCCCCCGCCCCGGCGCAGACCCCCCCGCUCCACACCAUGCCUGACCUCAGCCAGCACCCCAGCAAGCCGCACCACGACUUCUUCAGCAUGCACUCCGACAUGAGCACGGAGGUGGACGCACUGGACCCCAGCAUCAUGGACUUCGCUCUGCAAGGAAACCUGUGGGAGGAGAUGAAGGACGAAAGCUUCAAUCUAGACACGUUAGGUGCCUUCAGCAACUCCCCUCUGCGGCUCUCGGACUGUGACCUGGGCACGACCGGCCUGACCCCCGUGUCCAGCAGCAGUGACCACUCCUUCUCAGACCUGCAGGUCACGGGCCUCUACACCACGUACACCACCCUGGACACAGUGUCGUCCCAGUACAUGAGCACGCAGGGCAACAACAAGCCUAUCGCUCUGCUAUAGGGCCAGUGCAGAGAGAGCUAUCAAAGAGACUAUAAAGAAACUAGACUUGUAUUCAAAAACUAAAUUACAUUUAAACUCCUGACUUUUGCACAGUGGCACUGAUAUACAUGCACGCCAUAAAACUGGUUACUCACUCCCUUUCUUCCUCUGCUCUUUGUGGGAAUCACAGCAAGCCACCAGGUGUCACCAGUGAACGUCAUGGCCAGGUUGCACACUGUAUGCUUUCACACAUUGCUGUCAGGCUUCAGUGAAACCCGUUCACCCAGUCCUCAGAAAGGCUCAUUAUUUUUCCAGCAGGCCAUGCAUUGUCCCUCUGUGCAGGACAUGUCUGCUCCAGAUCUUGACACUAAAUGGCUGCAACUUUUCUCCUAUACACUCGUCUCUUCCAACACAGCAAGGAUCCCUUAAUAUCCAAGUCUCUGUAUCAAAACAAUGGUCUCCUUUUCAUGCAAACACUGAACUGCAGAGUCCAAACUUUGAUUUAUGAGAGUGGACUUUGAUUUUUAAGGGUUGUUUUGUAGUUGCAUUUUAAAGCCAGAUGUAGCAUAAGAACCAAAAGCACAUGUCACCUUUGCAGGGCAAUUACAUGGGGCAUUAUAUCGAAUUUAUCUAUUGAGGUCUGGAUGGACAAUGCUAAUAUCUUACUUGCUGUGCAUAUCAAAUCUAUUUUGAACCAUGUGCCACUGUUUUCAUUUAAGGGUAGCAGUUAACUGUGACUGAGCACCUGGACUUGAAAAUCUGAAAAGGACAAAGUGAUGGUUGCAAGUCUGCUUGUGAUAUAACUGUUUUAUCAAACACAUGUAAUAAUGUAAAUUUGAAGGAUAUGAACUGUGUAAUAUAAUAAAGAGCGAACGUAAAACAAAAAAAGAAAAGAAAAUUGUUCAUUUGACAAAACAAGAUAGGAAUAAUGUUGAAUGUUAGAUUUAUAAUAUUAUUAUUAAUAAUAGAUAAGGGUGUCCUGUGUUUUUCUGUACUCGUGCUAGGCAGUAUUACUGUUUGUAUUUCUAUUUAUUGAUGUGAUGAGAGAGAGAUGAGGCGUGCUGGUUGUUAAUCAAGCACUGUUUACAUGUUCUCAGGCUGCAUUAUCCCUUUAUAUGUGAUCAGCUCUUCAUUUUACAGACGUCCUUAUCAAAGGAAAAGUCUGCAUGCGAUUCACAAUUAUAAAGUGCUUUAUAUUUCCUCAAGGCUAAUUAAAGCGAUGCUAACACUUUUUCUUGUAAUUGCAACACAAAAACACCAAUCAAAGCCCCUUUGUUUUUUCAUGUAAGACGACAUCAUUAUUUUCAUUAACCUAAUGCUAAAUGUAUUUAAAUAUUUAAAAUUAACUUAUUUAAUGUAUGCAUUUGGUGUUAAUGAGGCUUGCACUGCAAGUUUUGACUUUCCCCUUUUCUACAAUUUAAUUAUGUUUUCUUCCAAAACACUUUGUAUUAAAUACUUCAUCAAAAUGAUACAAUCAUAGCUUGUACAUCACUCAAUGGGGGAUACUGCAGCUUUACCCCUUCAUUAUUACCAAGGGAAAACUUCAUAUAAGAUACAUCAACUGCAUUUGUUGAAAGUAUUGUGUUUUUGUUAUUUUGUAUACAUUUUAGGGUUACUAGAAGGAAUAAUAGUAAAUUAUCUUUGUAAACACAUCCUCACUUUAGGAAUAAAUAUUUAAAUGAAAAGGAAUCUGUGUUUUUUUUUUCUUUUUUCUUUUACAGUAUUCAGGAUUAUCCACCGCGCUCAAAAACAAAAAGCAGUUUAAAAUCACUUAACAACCUUGGUAUGGUCUCCGAAUCAAAAUGGUAACCAGAACGCAUACGAGCCCAGCGCCCGCGGGACAGCGGGACACUUUCCAUAAGCCACUGAGCAGGGUCGCAUCUUUUAAAAGGGGUGCCUCAGAAACUCCCGGCAGAACUAGCCUCGCUACUUACACAGGAGACAGACGCAUGUGGAACGUGGAAGUAACUAUUAAAUCGAUUUCAUUCUUUGUGGUUUUCAAAAACAUUUUACA